AACAUGCCCCCCCCGCCCCAAGCCCCUCUGUAAUGGCAACAAGGCGUUAAAAGACUUGCUUGUCCCUUUCUUCCCUGGGGGUGUGUUGCCGCUUGUUUCUCUUGUGUGUUGGGCAGAAGGCGCCCAAAGCAGCUGUGAUAGCGUCAGGGUCCCCUCCCCACUCUGAACUCUGGGGCACGGAUGUGGGGACCCGCAUGAAAGACCCCUAAGCUUAUUCUUACCAGCUUAGGUUAAAAACUUCUGCACGGUACAAAUCCUUCCUUGCCCUUGGCUGGGUACUGCUGCCACCCCCAAGUGAGUUAGACAAAGAUUCAGGAAAAGGGCUACUUGAAGUUCCUGGUUCCCUAAAAUAUCCCCCAAGCCCCUUUCCUGGGGUGGCUUGAGAAUAAUAUACCAACCAAAUAGGUUAACAAGGUGAGCACAGACCAGCCCCUUUGGUUUGUAAGUGUCCUAAAAACCCCAUCAGGUUCUUAACAACAGAACUUUAUAAUAAAAACAAAAUAAAAGAAGCACCUCUAAAAUCAGGAUGGAAGGUAAUUUUACAGGGUGAUCAGAUUCAAAACACAGAGGAUUCCACUCUAGGCAAAACUUUAAAGUUGCCAGAAAAAUCAGGAAUAAACCUCCCUCUUAGCCUAGUUUCAGAGUAGCAGCCGUGUUAGUCUGUAUCCGCAAAAGAAAAGGAGCAUCCAAUGCAGUGAGCUGUAGCUCAUGAAAGCUUAUGCUCAGAUAAAUUUGUUAGUCUCUAAGGUGCCACAAGUACUCCUUUCCUCUUAGCCUAGGGAAAAUUCACAAGCUAAAACAAAAGAUAAUCAAACUCAUUUCUUUCCUAUUACUUACAAUUUGUAAUCUUAAAUGCUUAGUUCAGAUAUGGCUUUAGAAGAUGUAUUUUUCCUGCCCUGGUUCCUCGCUGACCCAGAGAGAAUACAAAGAAACACAAAACAAAAACCUUCCCUCACAGAUUUGAAAGUAUCUUCUCCCCUUAUUGGUCCUUUUGGUCAGGUGCCAACCAGGUUAUUUGAGCUUCUUAACCUUUUUUACAGCAGGUAGGAUGGGUUGCCAAUCAGAGAAAAGGCAAAGGAGACCCCCAGAGAAACAGCAGCAGGAGGUGACUGGGUCAUCCAAGAACCUGCCCUUUUUGGGAAAAUCCUUCUACCUGGACCUGCCGAAUAACAAGAACAUGGAGUUUCUGGUGGCGACAAUAAAGCAGCUGGGUGGGGUGAUUGAAAGCUUCUUGAGUAAAGAAGUCAGCUAUGUGGUUUCCAGCAGCAAAGAGGCCAAACUGGACAGGGGACCUCGGAGACCGACUGAGAAACGGAGCAGCGCAGCUUCAGGGGAUGCCAAGGCAAAGACUCUGCCCUCUGCUGUGCCCAAAGGGAGCCAUGCGGGGCAUCACCACAAGCCAGCAGACAGUGCUCUGAUCAGCAGGGGGAAGGAGCUGCUGCAGAAGGCCAUGAGGAACCAGGAUUCCAGCAGUGGCAGUAGUAUCCUUGUCAAUGCUCGCUCCUGGGGCGUUCGGAUCUUGCAUGUGGAUGAAAUGAUGGCCUAUGUGCAGCAGCUGCUGUUCCGCGUGUCAGGAGCAAGGAAGCAGAGUGAGAAGACGAUGGUGAAGUGUUUCUCAGUGGGGCCAGGAGUCCUUAAAGUGGGAAAACUGAAGCCCCCGUUUCUGAAGAUUGAGGACCGGAGCAGGAAAUUCCGGCCCUUCCAUCACCAAUUCAAGAGCUUCCCUGAUCUGAACUUCCUGGCACCGAACAGAUCCAGCCCAUUUGAGCCUCUGAAAACCCCCUCAAGCUCCUGCAGAGUCAGAGCCCCCGAGGGCUGUCCGACGCACAGCGAGAGAGAGAGGAGCCCCCGGUCCAGCCCAGCCACCGUGCCCAAGAGGAGGAAGGGGUUUUGUGAAUGUUGCCAGGAGACCUUCGGGGAGCUGCAGAUGCACCUCCAGAGCCCCCGGCACAGGCGGUUCGCGCUGGACGCCUCUCAGUAUGCAGCUGUGGAUCACGUCAUCGCUCAGCUCACCAACGACUUUGCAGAGAUCCCAGCCUGGUCCUCUCCCCCCAGGGUGCCCUGCUCUCCUGCAGCUGACAACGAACUCUGUGGCUCUCGAGCAAAGGCUGUGGAAGGCCUGGGCGCACCAGCUGCAGAGCUGGGAUGGAAGCACCAGCUGGCCAGGAAGGACAAAGCAGAGCUGUCUCUCAAUGCAGUGUCUGUGCUGGGUGGGGAAUGCGCCACAGGCCCAGAGGAGACGCCAAAGGAGAAGGUCAGUGAGCUCCCUCCUCCAGAAUUGCCUGCUGGGCACCCCCUCCUGGGGCUAUGGGCUGAGGAGACACUGCAAGCCAGGCCAUCUGCUAGCACAGGGCCAGCUGGGAGGGCCCAUGCUUGGUGUCAGAACACAGACCAGUCUGCUGUUGACAACACUGCAGUGGGGGCUACUGCCUUGGCCACUGCUCCUGAUCUCAGCCAGUGGACCCGGGCCAGCGAUGGAUUGCCUGGAGAGGCAGCUGCUUGCUCCCCUGAACUUGUUCCCCAGGAUGCACUCGAGUCCCUGAGUCACCCUCUGGGAGCAUCACCCUGCUCCAGGAAACGCAAACUCUCCGACAGCCCUUGCAUGCGGCUGGAAAAGAGGCCGAGGAUAAUACAGCCGAGCAGCGACCCCCUGCGUCUGGAGAAGCAGACAGGCUCGGUGUGCUGCAGCUCAGUUCAUUGGGGUGUGGGGCUGGCUGUGGGAGGGGUUGCUGGCACUGCUCCAUCUGGUGCUCCUGGAGCAGAGCUCUUGCUGCUUUCCAGCAGGCUCUGCAGCUUCCCUGCCUCAGCGACACCUCAGGACAGAGCCCAUGUGCUCCCAGAGCCUCCCGAGCCUGAUCCCAUGGCUAUAGCCGACACUGAGGCUACCCUGGCGAGCACAGCCACUCAGCAGGGCUGGGAGAGCGGGACUCCAGGCCUGCAAGAGGGGCAGUCUACAGAGCAGGCCCCAGAGCCUCCCUGCUGUGUGGCCGAGUCUGGCCUCGAGCUGCAAUCACCUACCUGGGACAAGGCCAGCUGUUCUGCAGUCCAUCCGGCCCUCCCACACCUGCCAAUCCCCCCAGCCAGGCGCUUGCGCUGCCCUGCAGUAGCUGAAGGUGCGCUGCCCAAGCCACCCAACAGCACAGACCUUGGCGAAAGCCUGGCCGCCCAUCCCAGCACCCUCCAGCCUGCCCCUUGCAGAACCCACACUGGCCGAAAUCUGGGGCCACCAUCUUCUUCUUCAGAGUCGGACUGGGACGUCCAGCUGCUCUGCUCACUGGACGCUCUGCAGGGCACCAGGAACCGGCCAGUAGACCUGGAGGUGCUCCGGAGGACCUGCAUCAAUGUCCAAGACAGCGGCUAUGAGUCCCAUCUCUACUCGGUCCUGAAGCAGAAGUCUGAGCUGGACUUAGGCAGAGAUGACCAGAGCUGUCGGAACUGUCGUGCAGAAACAGAAGGAGCCCCUUUCGCUGUGUUUGAGGCCUGCCUGGGCAGCUGGACCAGCUAGCCACUAGCUGCACAGACCCCGUCAAGAACUAGGGCUCACCCCCAAGCACGGUUGCUAAGGGAGCCCCGCAGAGACGGCUGUGGCAAACCACUUUCCCCGCAGCCAUCAGAAGGCACAAGGCUGGCCGGAGACAGUCUGCGGGCACUGGAAUAAGGACUGGCUGCAAAUGGAGGGUGGGGCUGAGCCUGGAGGCUUUAGGCAAGACUGAUCUGGUUGGUUCACUUGCUUGUGGAGCUCAGCCACAGGAAGAGCUCUCCCCCAGCCUGGCCAUGCUAGCCCUGGCUUCCCAUGGGGACAGACCACUGGGCCUGGCCUGGCCUUGACCAGCAAUGGCCUGGCUCUCCUCUCCCCUCAAUGGAGCGACCAGGAAACAGACUCCCUUGCCUAGACUGGACUGCACCGUGUGUCCAACUGCUCGAUAGUGGCUUUUUAAUGGCCUGCCGCAUUUCAUUAGUGCUGCUUAUACACGCACCUCCUGUGCUCCUCCAUCACCCUCUGCAGCCUGACCCUGGAGGAGGGAGACGUGAGCACUUAGUACCAGGAAAACAGCGUUCCCUUAGCCAGUGGCCUGGCCUGACCUCACCUGUCAAGUGUGCAGCUAGCUGAUGCCAGAGCCGGUGGAGGCGGGAAGCCCCUAGUCUGAUCUGCAGAUGGAGCAGGGUUUUCUCCCGUCUUCCCAUGCGGCAGGCAGGCAGUCAAUGCUGCCGUUCCCUCGCCCAGAAAGAGCUGCUGUCUUCUGGAAGUGACUGCUCUGAGCUCCCCACAGUAUCUUUCUGUUCUCACAUUUUCUGCUCUUUCUGCAUCUCCCUGGCUCCUUCCUACUUGUGGUGCAGUUAAUGGGGGAAAUGAGCUGCUGUCUGGAUCGAUUCCUCUUCCUGUUUUAGCUUCUGCUCUGUUCCAUGGGGCCAUAGCUCCCCUGUCUCUAUUGUCUCCACUGGCCAUUGCAGAUAAUUGGUGUUUAAAACUUCCUGCUUGUUUUAAAAACACAUUUUAAACCAAAAUAAACUGAAUGAGUGUAA